UCAUGUCAGUGACGGCCAAAUAUGUCACUUAACUACCUCGGACCCCCUGUAACAGCGUUAUAUAGCCCGCCUAGAGCGAGCACGACCCCGAAGACGACUUACAUGCCGACCAUCAAUGCGGCGCUGCCAAAGCGGCCUUUCCUGAGUGCCCAUACCUGUCGAACACGACCAUAAGGAUGGCGCCUCAGGUGGUGAGCGACGCAACCACCUCGGGCUUAUACCCCUUCCGAGCAAGCUCCUCGCGCAUCGUAACACUUGGUUCCUCAAGAUGGACACCCUCCUUUCCGCGACUUCUCUUCCUCGCUGCUAUGUCGUCCUUGUGCUUGGUGCACCGACGUACAAGGAGCUCUCCCCUAUAUUGUUGUCUGGGCACUACGCACACUCCUUGGUCAUUGUCGUUACACACGAGCCCCCCGACAUCCCUAACCUCGUCAUCCCUGCUCUGCGGAUCCUUCAUCUGUCGAAACCUCUCUCGACGGAAAACGGAGACACGUCGCGCCUGGUCAAUGUUCUGCUCUGGGCAGAGCACGUCGCGUGCGAUUGGCGGGAGUACGGUGGCUCAGGCAUCUACCAGCUGCCCGAGAGCGACGAGGACGACACCCUACCGUCGGGCAGGCGUAGUGGACUCAACGCCUUACGCGUAGGUCGCCACUCCGCUCGUAGGCACUCCAUGCCUGUGGGUGCACCCAUGGCGACGAGCGUAGAUGCCAAGCGGCCGUUCGACGUAUUGGUCAACUUCCUUCCGAACCAGCUGCCUGACAAUGUCUUGCUGCGCCAUACUAUCUACAUCACGACCAUCAGUCGGCCGUUCUUCAAGCUCAACACAACCACGCCUUCGUCCACGCGAGGCUUUUUUGGAAAAGCGAAAUCUAUCUUCGGUGGCUCGACCAAUGCGAACCGGGAGAAGCGGUCCUGCAGGGACAUGCCUCGCACGCACGUCGAAGCGCUGCUUACUCCCAGGGCCACCACUAUGCGGCCUCUCAUUUCCGCGGCGUCGCCGCAGAUCAUCCACCUCUUGCCUCCGGAGGCCGCUCAAUACCCCGAGGCCAGCGCGAAGCUCGUUGACAGCAUGGAGGCGUUCAUCGCUUCCUUCACAAGCGCGAUGUCUCUCGAGGCGGAUGCGAAGAAGGCCGCGGGCGCAGUCGAGAGCGUCCAGUCGUACAUCAUGCAUACUGUUACCUUCGGGAAGGCCCUCGACUGUGCCCUCGUGCCCCUGACGCCGAAGGAGGAGGUCACGAAGAAGGACGACAGUUGGGGCUGCGAGUGGACAGUGGCGGACGUCCUGAUCUCUGGUGGGCUGGACAGCGCGCCGACCCUGUCUAACGGCGCGACGUCCCCAGGUGGUAAUACUACGGCUUGGAUCUCAGGACCCGAAGAUAUCGCCCUUGUGCCGUCUGGUCGCGCCACCGCCGCUGCGUCGCUCACCCCAGUAGCGCGCGAGGUCGCGACCAGGGCGUUGUUGUACAAGACUCCUCACGCGGUGCCGCCCGCGCCUAUCCAGAUAUCUGUGGAGACUGCUGCCAGGACCGAACAGAAGGUCGUCGAGACAACGGAGCGCAGGCCUGCCAGUCCCAGCUCAACCUAUUCCACCUCCUAUGGACACGAGAUCGGUAUAUCGCCGCCACCCUCUUUCCACGAAUAUGCGGACAGCGCUCAUCUGCUGGGUGAUCAUGUAGCCCAUGUAGAGACCGAGGUCGGCCAUGGAGACGGAGACCAUACGUCCAACGAGCCGCCGGAGAUCGAGGAGGUCCCGAAGUCGCCUGGGAUGCCGCCGGUUACGCAGGAGCUGCAGGAGCUGACGGAGAUCGUUCUGCCCCGCCGCGUGUCGCUCAAGCGCGUGGAGUCUCUGCUCGCCGGGUUGAAGGACGUGGGCGCGUGGCGGUCCAGGAGGGCAAGUGUGGACCUCGCUUGAGGCACGCUGACCAAACGCUGCCGCCGAUUGACACACGAUCGGGUUUGCGGAACGAGGCGGAGCGUGGUCAUGGUACAACCGGUUUCGCAGACCGAUCUGAUGUUUCGUUUUUUUUGCGAUGUCUCGCUCUGAUAAUUGUUCGUGCUGA